CACAUGGUCACACUGAUGACUUGAAAAAAACAUAGUGACCGGAAUUAGGCUCAUCAUAUUAGUUUCACCUUUUUUAUUAAAUCAAAACAGACACGAUGAGCUGUCCAGGAUUUGGAGAACUAAAUAUACCCUCGUCGCGUGCCUUCUGGGACGACUGCGACGAGGAUGAAUUGGAGAACCUUAAGCCGGUGGAGAAGCUGCAGCUGAAGUUUGAUGAUGAUUGCGAUGGGGAAGCUGCCCCUGUGGAGAGCGAGAUGCUGGUGGUCAUUGAGGGCGUCAACGUCACUCACUUCGCCUCUUCUCUGCUGGAAAAGGAUGCAAAGCGUGUGUGCGCCAUUCCUGCCAAUAACUCGACCCUGCACUGGAGUCAUUCGUCCAAACAGUUGCUGGCCAUAAUCAACGAGGACCUGACCAGUAGCGGCGAGGUAGCGGAGCUCCUACUGCCGUACGUGAAGCUUGCCAAGAAAGUGAUCACUCUGACGCUUAAGCCAAAGGUCGAGUUCAAAAGCGAGGACAUCCAGCUCUACCGGGAUCACAUUGCCGUUGUCCGCGGCAUAGGUGCCAACCAGAAGGAUAUCACUGAACUAGAGGCUCCCAACUUUAUCGCUGGAGUUGCAGCAGGCGUUGCCAGUUGGCGGGAUCAGAUGGAAUUGCCUGUUACCUCUUUCGUUAUUUACACCGACAAGCUGCCCCUCGACGCCACAGCUGCGCAGCCAGUGAUCAAGGUACUUAAAGCCGCGGGCGUUGCCUGCAGCUCGAGCUACAUCCCUCCGCGGAAGGAGAGCUCUUAUUUGUACAUGUGAAACUACUUUUGGCUGUGCUCAACUUCCUAGUUUUAAUGCUUGUAAAAAUGAUACGGUUGCGGAAUAAAAAUCGAACUACUUAAGUACAUC